UUGAAAACUCAUGGAUAAGUGUAGCUGUUUUAAAGGAUUUUAUAAAAAUGGAAAUGGAAACAAAAUUGGAUUCACGCCAGGGACAAUUUCCGGCCUCAUUUCCGGAUACGUUUAAGAACUUUUUUGCAAUGAUGAACGAAGAUGAAGAUCACAUGGAUUUGUUUUCCAAUUUAUUGGAGGAUAAGGUAAUACCGAGAGCAAAUAAAUUUCAACAACGACGUUACGGUGGCAGUUUACGUUGCACAACAAAUCCACACAAUCGGCAGGGUCUAGAAGGAGACCGGGAUGGGGGUUUAUCGUCUGGUACGGCAGGUGGUGCUCACAAUGUGGGACGCUCAAAUUCCUUUAGAUUCAAUAGGCCACGUAAUGCAUUUAGUUCAUCAUCAAGUUCAGGCUUAAACAGUUUGGGUGUUGUGGCGGGCGUUGCAGCCGGAGGCGGCCUCAUUGGCGAACGUACAUGUAGUGCCAGUUUAAGCAACAGCAAAUUGAGUGGCAGUAGCAGCAGUUUAUUGUGUAAACAUAUUAAAUAUUGUUGUCUACAUCAGCAGCAACAACAUCAACAGCAAAAGAAUUUAACUCAAACAAUACCACCGUGCAGCCAACAGCCGCAACAUCAUCUGCAACAACAGCAAUUGUUUCAACAGCAACCAUCCGCACACCAGCAACAGCCUUCAAUACAUUAUGUACAGAAAUCCUACCAUCCUGACUAUCCCUGCAACAAUGCCACACAAAUUCCUAACGCCCCUUGCUCCAAUACCACCAACAAUUGUUGCAGUAAUUUAACAACAACGGGUGCUACAACAACGACGGUCACUACACGUCUUGGGCCAGAUGGUGAGGAUAAUGCAGCUAGUGGCAUUUUAAAUAAUGGUCUGGCGAAUUGUUUAGCCAAUGGUCAACUUCAUCAGCAUCACCAGCACCAGCAGCAGCAACAACAACACCAUCAUCACAAUCACAAUCAACAUCAGCAAUCAUCAUCGUCUUCUUCCUCCUCAUCAUCAAACUCUCAACAGAAUAAGCAACAACCACAAAAACGUCAUUCAAUUAUAUUGGAACGUGCUUUUGACUUUGAUGCCAGUUGUGAUGAAAGUGAUACCAUCAGUACAACAUCAUCAACACCAACAACAACAAAUAUACCCUACAAUAUUCUAAAACCAAUUUUAAAACAACCACAACAGCAGCAGCAGCAGCAACAGCAAAACGCCCAUCAAAUACAUGUGGUACAACAAAACUCCUCCACCACCAUACAACCGAAAUCAAUACUAAAAGACAAUAGUCAGCAUCAACAGCAGCAGCAGCAACAACAGCAAUUGCAACAAUUGCAGCAGCAGCAACAAAUACAUCGAACAUUACCACAACCACCUAAAAAUGCUGGUCUGGGUGCAUAUCAUACAAAAGAGACGGCAUUACAAAGAAUCCAACAACAAAGUGGUCUGUUACAUGGCAGUCGUACAAAUCUAUCAAAUUUAUGUGGAGCAAAUCCUCUAGGACCAAUAACAUCUACAACAACACUAAAUCAUUACUCAUCAUCAACGUCACAACCAACAACAGCUACACCAUAUGGCAACAGCAGCACUGCGGGCGGUUUAGUCGACGGUGGGAUGGGAAUGGCCAAUCGUAGUUGCAGUACUUUCAAUAUGACCACAAUUGGCAUGGGAAAUAGUGCGGCGGCUACAUGCAACAGCUCCAGCAACAAUACUAAUGGUACAUUUGCCUCGGGCUCGGGCUUUAUGGAAUUACACUCACCCUCCCAUGUAAGCGGGGGAGGCGGCAUAGGUGGUGUGGGUUUGUUGUCAGGUACAGGAUUUAAUAAACUAAAUGAAACUUUAAUCAACACGCAUGCAAAUAGUUUGAGUACCUCGUCGACGAGAAAUAAUCUACAAUCGAUACGGGCACAAAAGUCGCCCAUCUUAAAUAGAAGACGUUCGUCGUCUAUUGUGGCAAAUCUUCUUACAGCUGAUUUUACAUACAAUCAGAACGCAACGUCGGCGUCAACGUCAGCCACAGCAAAUGCCUCGUCAGGCAAUAUGAUGAAUGAUGGCACUCAUGUUGGCACUUUGUCUCACAGUAAUACGCGUGAUCGCAUUGCUUUAGUCAAAUCGCCAGUGACACAUACAAAACCUGCACGCAUGAAUUUGAUACCAGUUGACACGGGUGGUGUUUUAACAUUUCAACAAGCCAUGUCAGGUGCUGUCUCACCUCAAUACUCGGCCGCCACCUCACCCCUCUAUGCACCCAACUCCCUGGUUGGUUGUAUAAAUAGUCACAUGCCUUCAUCAGCAUCAGCGACAAAUGCUGGUGGUGGUGGUGGUGCCAUAAACACAACAGAACUUGACAUGUUGCUAGAGGACACAACAUCAACGGCAUCACCCACAUCAACAGUGUGUUGUGGUGAUGGCAGACCACCGAAUGGACCAUAUGUGGCCGAUACACCAACUGGAGAUUGUGGUGGUGGUGGCAGCAUGAGAACUAGAAAUGACCAUCAGUUUCCACAUGCUGAUGGUGAUUUGGAUUCACCUACUGCUGUGCCCCAUGAACGUAUCGCUGGUGUGGGUUCGAGUCUUAUACAUGGCGGCAGUUCAGCAACGAUUGCUCAGUUGGGCAGCAGGCAAAGACAACGUAUGCGUACCUCCAGCAUGCCGGCAGAGAGCAGAAAGCCCCGUUUAGCCGAUACCCGCCGCCAGGCCAUACAUUGUGCUGACUUGGACUUGGAAUACUAUCGAUUGCGUAGUUUUAGUAUCACCUCACAUGGUGUGUGUAAUUUAGGAGAUUCUUUAAGAAGUCGCAGAUCUAGAUCAAUUAAUUCAGUGACCUCAACGGGUACCUCAAAUAGUGGUAAAGAUAGACAUAAUAGUAAUGCUUCGCGUACGUCUGGUGAUAUUUUAUUUGAAAGUGAUAAAAUAAAUGCAAGUGGUGCGAACAGCGGCGGCGGUGGAGGAGCUGGUGGAGGCGGUAAUAUUGGUGGUAAAGCCCAAAUACCCGUGUAUAAAAUUGCCAUGUUGGGAGCAUCCGGUGUUGGAAAAACAACAUUAACGUAUCAAUUUACAACAUCCGAUUAUAUUUGCGCCUACGAUUUGAGUUUGGAUGAUGACUAUGGACAGAAAACCGUAUCGGUUCUGGUCGAUGGCAUAGAGACAGAUUUGGAAAUUAUUGAUCAUCCAGCCUGCGAAAUGUCGGCCGAGGCAUUUUGUUCCACCUACAAUAUUGAUUUGUUUGUGGUCGUUUAUUCUGUGGUGGAUCGUUCUUCAUUUAAACAGGCCGAAAAGAUUUUGCAAUAUUUAAAGGAGAAUGAAAUGCUGCUGACCCGAGGAGCUAUACUGGUGGGUAACAAAACAGAUUUGGAGAGACAUCGAGAGGUUAAUAGACAAAUGGCCCGCAAAUUAGCCAAAGAAAUUGCCUGCAAAUUCAUAGAAACUUCUUCCGGUCUGGAUCACAACGUUGAUGAACUGUUGGUUGGCAUUGUGGCACAGGUCAAAUUAAAUCCCCAACGUCUACGCAAUCUAAGUGAAAAGGAUAGACAACGUUUGAACCUACAAAGUACAAUACAAAAACACAGACGCCUCUAUGCACCACCCCGGCGCAUGGUACGACAAAUGUCCAUGUGCCAGGCAGAAGACGAGGAUGCCGACUACGAUGAUGAUGGUGAAGAUGAUAAUGACAAUGAGAACGAAAUGGGUCAUGAUGAAAAUCAAUCGAACAACAUUAUGCUAACGGGAGAUGAGGGCAUUGGUACGGGUAGUGAGCGUACAGCCAGCACAAGUUUAUCGUCAUCGAAUGCAGGCAAAUCAUGUGCCUCAUCGAAUGCAUCCAAGGGACCAGUAAGAAAAACCACCAAACGUACUUUAAAUUUAGAGAGUAUUUUGAAAAUGGGCGAAAGUGAGCUGGAGGAUGAAGAGGAGGCCCAAAGACUAUCAGCCUCCACUCAACAAUAUCCAUUUAACAAUGCUAGGCCUUUGAGUAAAUUUGAAAUGUUGACAAACAACAUGAAAACCUCCAGUGGCAGGACACCCUUUGGCAGUGUUAAUUCUUCGCCCAAAUCUAGAAAAUCCUAUGAAAGUAGUUCUGGUUUGGGCAGCUCAAAUGCCCAUGACUCUCAGACGUAUAGGGAAACACAUGCAGAGGACACAUUGCUGAAUGAUUGCAAUAGUAAAACUGUCUCAAAAUUGACCAGUCGCACUAAAGUGUUUCUGUCCUCGGUGUUGCGUUUCAAGAAGGCCAUUAAUGUGGCCAAACGUAGAAAUUCUUCAUCGUGCAGUGAUUUAUUUGUUAUUUAGA